UCCAUCCUCUCCAUUCCCCUCCCACCACCGCCUCCCUCCCAUUGCGUUGCGCCCGGCCCAUUCCUUCAUCCCCACCGGCACCGGCAGCGCAAGAAGAAGAAGAAGAUGAAGCUCUCCGUCCAGUCCCUGGCCAGGAAGCUCUCCCUCCCGUCCCCGAAGCGGUCCUGGAGUAGCGGCAGCAAGAAGGACGGCAGCGGGAAGCGCUCCCUGUCGCGCAGCGAGGCGCCGUCCUUCGCGUCGGCGUCGUCCUCCUCCGACGACGACACGCUCGCGCGCUCCUCCACGCCGCGGUCCGUGCUCUCGCUGUCCCCCGCCGAGAUCCCGCGCCGGGAGCUGGAGGCCGUGCUGCGGCGCCUCGGCCACGGGGAGCCCUCCGACGACGAGCUGGACGCCGUGGCCGCCAUGGCCGCGCAGCCGCCCGCGCCCGGCGGGGAGGACGACCUCAUGGAGGCGUUCCGGGUCUUCGACGCCGACGGCGACGGCCGCAUCACCGCCGAGGAGCUCCGCGCCGUCAUGGAGGCCAUCCUCGGCGGCGGCGCCGAGGGCUGCAGCCUCGACGACUGCCGCCGCAUGAUCGGCGGCGUCGACGCCGACGGCGACGGCUUCGUCGGCUUCCAGGACUUCGCGCGCAUGAUGAUGAACGCCACCACCGUCCCAACGACAACCUUCUUGUUGUGAACUUGUGAACCUCACCUGACCAAACAAGAUUGGCCCCAGCCCUGAUGCGCGCUCAGAGUAUCAUCAUCAAUCUGCUCCGCGAGAUCAUUUUCCUUUUGGGCGCGCAGGAUGAUAGGCUGCUCUGUUACUACUAGUAGUAGGAUUAAGAGAAAGCGCUUGCUUGCUAAUCCAUGCACGAUUAGCCGUGCAUGCAAGCUCGUUGUAAAAUUAUUUGUCGCGAGAGAGUAUGUUAUAACGGUAAGGCGAAUGCUUGGUUCUUUCGAUUUUCUUUUCAAAAUUUAAAUCCGAAUUCCUACCGCUAGUACUAGAGAGGGGCAUACUGUCGAGAUUGUAUUUGUUGCCAACUGCUAGCGGUGUCGAUAUUUGGAGGAAUUUUCGCUGCUUGCGUAGGAUGAAUGGCCCCGUUUGGUUUUGUAGUGCGUUAGUGAAUAGUGAUACUUUGACCGUUUAUUACGGUAUCAAAUAUA